AUGGCGAACGAGGCCUCUGCUAUCAAAAGGUUCAAUGAAGCGCCUGAAGCCAGAUACGCUUGGGUGAUUGCUCCUGUGCCGGGGCCUUAUUCACUCAUCGAGUCGGAUCUGCAGAAGAAGUGGAUUGUGCUCGCCGAACUACCAUCGACACCGGAACGCCAUUUCCCUGACGAAGGCGACAUGUGCAGCAUCUCAUUCAAGCGGGAUUUUGUUUGCAAGGGCAAAAAAUACAACCCUGGAACUCUCUCCGCACAGCGCAUUCCCAACCCAUACGAGACAAUCCCGGGGAUGAACCAAUAUUCGUUGCUGGCCGCUUUCAACGUUACCAUGGACUACGUUGCCGACCCUAUCACGAAGCAGCAGUACCACCCGCUCUUCUCCAUCGCCGUGAGACAUGACCUGAAUUUCGGCUUCGGGCCAACGCCUCUCAGCUUGCAAAAUGCCACCGAGAUUAGCCUUCGGAUUGACCAGAAUCCUGUGACGUAUGAAGCUGAAUUGACGGCGUUGAGCAUCUUGACUCAGCCGAAGAAGGAGGGAAACGAACUGUCGGAAAACACCAUCGGAACCUUCGAGUACUUAUUGGACUUCCGGAAACAGCCAAGUUUCUACAUCAACAUGUUCGACAAGAUCCCACAUAUGGACAACCCUGCUAGCCAUUCCAACGCGUACCUGCAGUCGGUCUAUAGCCGACUCAAUGCAGACCACAAGAAUGUCUAUGAGCAACUUCGUCGGAUUCCGGCAGGACUAGCGAUCAUCCUCGGUUGUCCUGGUGCUGGAAAGACGGCAUUGAACGCCUUCAUCUCCGCCAUGGCUGUCUCUCAUUCUCGCAAACUCGUGCGCGAUGACGGGAAGAAGAUACGCAAGCAGGUGAAGAUUCUUUAUCUUCUUGACGUCAACUACCCCUGCGAUGAUGCUGCAGACAGAGUGUACUCAACGUUGAAAAAAGCCGGCAUCAACAAGUCAGUGAUUAGGGUUCGAGGUUGCGCUCGCGAGAUGCGAAGCAGUGCAAAGCUUCAUCCAACACCCUCGGCAAGCGAAGAUGACGAGCCUGAUUUCACCGCCGGAUUCCUCAGACAAGCUCGUGCUUCUGUCGGUCUACCGCACGCUACUCAUUCUACCAACGAAGCCCGUGGUGGCGAUCGAGCGCCAUCCCUUGACGAAGUUGCGUGGAAGAGGUACGACGCUGACAGAACCCGGUACAAGUCUUUGACAAAGAUUCUCGAAAAGCUCGAGAACGGUGCUGUCAAGACCAAGAAGACGGCAAGAGAGCUCAAGAAUCGUGUGGCUAGACUCUAUCUCUCCGUGAUUGCAGACGCCGAUUUCAUCGCCACAACUCCUGUUGGCGCGUCUGGAUACCUGAGCAAGAACUUUCAUCCAGACAUUGUGUUCCUUGAUGAAGCUGCUCAUGCCAGAGAACUUACAACCCUCAUCCCGAUUGCACUGUAUUCGCCCUGUGCGUUCAUUCUCACCGGCGAUACCAGACAAACCAGACCCUUCGUUGAAGGCGGCAAGGGCAUGGAGAAGGAGAACAUCUAUGCAAAGCAGCUCAUGAUAAGCACCAUGGAAAGAGCGGAUCUUGCCGGGGCUCUGAAGAGCAAACUGCUUAUCAGUCACCGAAUGUACGGAGACCUCCAAGUAUUGGCAUCGGAUUUGUUCUAUGAUGGACAAUUGACUUCAGGAAUUCCCGAAGCUGAGCGUUUCUCCGACCCCGUACGCCACAUGCAAAAAUGGCUCGGGCAAUUCACCAGGGGCCAGGAAUGUACUGUCCCUCGAAUCCUGCUCAACCUACGGUACUCCAAGGAGAUGAAAGACCGGUCGAGCUUCUACAAUCAAGUUCACGAGAAUUUCAUUAAGCAGCGCUGUCAUGAACUGCUCAGACACCCGGAAUUCAAACAGGUUGACAAGCCUGACCAACCUGGACGAAUCCUCAUUAUCACGCCGUACAAGGCUGCUUUGAUCCGGUAUAAACAGUUCAUCAAGACUCUUCCGCCCCACUUCCGGGGAAGGAUGGAUGUGGAGCUGCGCUUCAAUGCUCUCGAGGCCCGCACUGUGGACUCUGCUCAAGGGCACGAGGCAGACUUUGUCUUUGUUGAUACGAGCUCGAGUUGGAGAGAUGAUUCUGAUGCAUGA